GAGGAAGGUGUGGCGUGUGCUAGGCCGCCAAGGUCCCCUCUGCUCACACUUACCCAACUGCAUCUCACAUUUCCUUUCUAUUUCAGGAUUCAGGAGCAGUUCCAGAGGAAUCCUGACAGUUACAAUGGUGCCGUCCGUGAGAACUACGCCUGGUCACAGGACUACACAGAUCUGGAGGUCAGGGUGCCGGUGCCCAAGCACGUGGUGAAGGGAAAGCAGGUCUCAGUGGCCCUCAGCAGUGGCUCCAUCCGUGUGGCCGUGCUGGAGGAAAAUGGAGAGCGUGUCCUCAUGGAAGGGAAGCUCACCCACAAGAUCAACACCGAGAGUUCCCUUUGGAGCCUUGAGCCUGGGAAGUGUGUUUUGGUGAACCUGAGCAAGGUGGGCGAGUACUGGUGGAGCGCCAUCCUGGAGGGAGAAGAGCCCAUUGACAUUGACAAAAUCAACAAGGAGCGCUCCAUGGCCACCGUGGACGAGGAGGAGCAGGCGGUGCUGGACAGGCUCACUUUCGACUACCACCAGAAGCUGCAGGGCAAGCCACAGAGCCACGAGCUGAAAGUCCAUGAGAUGCUGAAGAAGGGGUGGGAUGCUGAAGGCUCUCCCUUCCGAGGCCAGCGAUUCGACCCAGCCAUGUUCAACAUCUCCCCGGGGGCUGUGCAGUUUUAGUGACCUGAAGGAAAGGAAGCCCUUGCCAGCAGUGAGCUGGUGGCCUUGUCCUUCCUGCAUGUCAGGGACUCGCUCAUCUCCUUCACCCCUAGCCAUCCUCUCUUCCAAGGGUGAACCAAGCCUUCCACACUGAUCUUGCACCUCCAGACUGUUCCAGAGAAGGUGCAGGGCCGGCUGCUGCCUGGCAGCCACUGACCAACACCAAAUGAAGGCGUCUGAAAUGUGGAGGGCUGUAUCCCAGCGAGCCAGGCACACAUGCCUCGUCACCACAGCAACCAGCCAUCGCAGGCAGCAUUGCGUUCCUCCCAUACUCUCUGCUUGCUGUUGUUUUGACGCGCUGCUCUGCCUGCUCGUCUUCUGGUUGGGGGUGGGGAGUCACUGGGCUCUCAGGCAAAGCUGAAGUUAAGUGUGGGGGGCCUGGUGUCUGCAUGAAGGCAUGUGAGGUAGGGCCGGGGCUGCUUUUGACCUCUUUCUUGGUGUGCACGUGCAGUCUUGUCAUCCCUUUGUCAUUGCGCUCAGCUUGCCUCAGCCUCAUAGGCAGAGCAGCAGAAACUGGUGUCCUGCUUGCAUGCUCUAUGCUUUGGGAGAAGUGUUAGGGGUUGGCCUCAGGCCCACUCGCAGCAGGGAUUCUGUCUGCUCUCUGGCCACAGCUGUUCUUGGUGAAGUGAACUGAGCCUGGCCACCACUGCAUGGCACUCGGCUUGCUCCCCACAAGACUUCCUCUUUGUGUGUACCACGUCAAAACACAGGCAGAAAUGAAGAACCAGGCUCCCUCAACAGACCACAACAUGUCUAGCAAUCCAGUGGCAGAUCAUCUUAGUCAGGGGCCCUAAGCAGCCUUGAUCUUGGGGAGUGGCCCUCAGGAGGAAGAACUGCACAGGCUUGAAGGUAUACUUCUGCAACUGAGCUCUGGAGAGAGAAGGCUCCCCUGUGCCAGGCUCUAGAUGCUCCCCAGAGCUCACAGCCUGUCCCAGCUGGCCCCUGGGGAUGGGGCAGGCACCACCUCGCUCAACGCCCCCUCCCCUGCCCACCCCCACAUGCUCUGAGCUAGAUCUGCUGACCGACUCCAGCCAAGUGUGAAGACUGAUGGAAGGGCAAGGACCCAGGUGUCCAGCUACCCAGACGAGUCCUCUGUGUGUCUUUUGCCAGGAGCCUGGUGUUGCCACCGUCCAGCACUGUCCAUUGGCUUGGCUGUCAGCCUUGGUGCAUAGAUAAAUCACUGUACUGCACCACAACGUGCGCACAGUGAGAACCAGGGCCCAAAGAUGGCGAGGCAGCCCAGCCCUGCAAGUUCUCUGCAAGUGCUUGGGAGGGGCUGCCCAGGAGAGCAAGCGGUGGUGGUGGUCUUCCUAUCAGAAGCUUCCCAUCAUCUGAGUAGACAGUCACUUGGGGAGAGUGGAUUUCUGGUUUACAGUGUUGGCUGACAGCCAUCAUGAGAAGUACAUACUGGGGCGCUCUGUCUGAUUGUCAAGGGAGAGCAGAAGGCCCCAGAUGCCUCCUGUUGUGUGGUAUUGGUCACCAAUCUGGUGAGGCCUCUGAAAAGGUCUUGACUUCAGGGAGCAGCACCAUGUCACCACAAGAGGUCCUGAGGAAGCCUUUGUUGUUUUUCCUGAUGUUCUGGUCAAGAUCCUAGGAUUUGCACAUCAGUGACCUAUGCGAGCUGCCCCACCUAAUGAAAGGAGAUCUUGUGGUGCCUGUGUGUCUCUGUAGCCUGUCCCCUAGUUGCCCCCCAGACCCCACCUUAUGGGUGGUCUUCCAAGAAGGAGUGAUGAAGUGCGAGAACCCUGCGCCUUUUUAUUUGGGAGACAUUGAAUCAUUUACCUCUGUGCUGACUUCCUUUUGCCUGGCUUUAUUUUCUGUGUUGGAUUUCUCCUCCCCACUGCCAGUGUCUAGGAAGAGUAGUGGAGGGGUGAGGGGGGAUGCAUUGGGUUUUGUCUAUGUGUCUGUCAGGAGCACACCCGGUUCCUGCUCCAUAUUGCAGUGCAUGGUGUGGUUGUGGAUCCUGUACCACGUGCCCCAGUCCUGGCAUGGCUUGGUCCCAGUGAGCCUGGUUAAUGAUUGUCUGCCCUGAGGCACUGCCCUGGACCAUCCCAGCCACUGGAGCUGGCACACUGCCUGUUUUCUCUUUUUAGAUACGACAGCCGCAGUUUGGGCACUAAGUCCUGCCAGCUGAGGUCUGAGGAAAGCAGGGUGUCUUGUCCCCUUGUCCAGGGGCCCAGGAGAGUGGGUGUCCAACCUGCAAAGCUGCUCCGGCUCCUCGGUACUGGUUUGCAAUAAAUCUGUACUUAAGCAGUUCUGGGUCUGUGUGUGACAUUUGCUGCUGAGACAGUUCUGUCUGAGUGCUCAGUACCCACAGUUUCUAGCCAGGUCUCAGGCCUCUGUACUCAGAUGACACCAAAAUGGGAAUUGUUGAGCCCUGGCAAGACUUUUAAUACAGUUUUCAGAAAUACUGUAGGUUUUGAUCAUUUAAAAAAGAGGAAGAAUGUGGCUACAGAGUUUGCAUCAUUUCAGAUGGGUUAUGAAAAUCUGUUACCUAAAAGCUCAGGAUGAGCACAGAAUUCUAAACCAUCCCACUGGAGUGCCGCCUCCUCUCAUACUUAACAGGUGCACACCCACCCAUUGCUACCCUGAGUCCUUCAAACACAAGACACAACCCCAUGUCUGAUUCAGAGCCCAGCUAGACCUCAGGCUUCCUUGCCUGUGCCCUGCUGACUCCAGAGAAGGCCAUCUCUGAUCUCUCUCCGGCAGGACCUGCAGGGCUGAGAAAUCGUUCUCACAGUUAUGAAGAGCUCUUCAAGGCUGACUGGGAUUACCUGGCAAAUACGCAGGGCCACAGAGAACCCCCCAGAAAGGAGAGAUAUCUUCAGUGACAUGCCCCACAGAACACAAAAGAAGUCAAGCAUGUGUAGAAGUGAGUCCAGGAGGUGUCACCUGCUGUGACUCAUGGCCAGAACGCUGUGCUGGGUCUAAGACUCCCACCCCACCCCAGAUCUGCUCCCCUGGAGGGUAGGCUGGCAGUCACUCAGCCAGGAAGGGGAUGGCUUGUGCUUAUGGGUAACCAGCAUGAGAUUGGCAGCAGACAGUAUGCCAGCCCUUCGUGAUAAGCCUCCUUCUCUUAGGUCAGAGGCCUGGGGCAGAGCUGGCUGUCCCGCAGAAUGUGGACCUCCCUGUGGCCAGCUGAGGUUGAUGUCACCAUCUGCCUAAAGGUCUGAGGAGUAUGCAUCUGAGCUAGUCGACAGCCCAGGAGCAUUUACUGGGUGCCACGUGGCCACACAGUCUGAAAACCCGGGGGCACCUCCUGCCAGUCUCGUAUAUGACGGACAGUACAGUUGCCACCUGAAGUGUGAGGAGAUUCAUGCUUUUCAGAAGCUCAGUAGCCAGCUCACACUCAUGUGGUUUAUUUGCCUCAUCUUGUUGGGUUUGCUUCUUAAGAUGGAAAAUUGAACAAAUCUUAUAAGAGUUCCCAGUGGGUUAGGUGCCCAGGAUGGGGUUCGGCUUGGCUGCCAUCCCUCCUCAGCUGGUUGCCCAGGUACACCACUGCACACACACAGGACCUGUGCCAGGGAAGCCAAGCCUGCUAGUUGUAGCUGCACAUCUCCCUGUUUCCCCUCGGGUGGCAGGGAGAUGUGAGCCCAUUGAAGGGCUAGCUAGUGCUGGGCUCUGUUGAGACAUCAGGACCACCACACUUUGGGGAAUCCUGGGUUUCCUGUGUUUUGCUGGCAUGGCUGAGGGUGUCUGUAGAACGGGGAUGUUAAGUCACAGCCCGAGCUGUGUACAGUGAUCCCAGCUGGCCCUGGCCUGGCAGGACCAUGAUGGGGUCAUCUGCUGGGGGUGGUUGGAUAAGCUGGCCUGCUAGCAUGUGCCAGAGGAGCUGCAGGUACACAUGGAGAGUAGGUGUGGCCUUGGAUUGUGACCACCCUCAGGUGGGUUUGUAAGGCCACUUUCAAGUGUGUGGCCUCCAGCAGAGCAGGUCCAAGACUGCAUCUAGUCUUAGAAGCAUUAGGAGCACUAGCAGGACAGACCCUGGCCAACCUCCUGUCACCUCUCCCGGCCCUGGGGAUUUUGCCUAGAGAUGGACAAAACCCCCGGGACUUAUUGGUCCAGCCCUAGUUACAGAAACAAGUGCCUUUCCCAAGGUGUGUGACUGGUGGCUCUGUGGGGGCCUGCUCUCCUGUACAUUCAUAGACCAAGAGCAGCUCCCCAGAUGCAGCCCCAGCUACAACACAUGCUUUGUGGCACCGUGAGAAGGUGAGUGGCAGGGCUGGGGUCAUCCAAGAGCCACUGCAGGCCAGUCCCAGUGGGCAGCUCAUCACAAGAUUGCCUCAGCCCAGCACAGGUCUGACAAUGCAGAUGCUUUCUGGCUCCAUGUUGAACAAGGAUGGGAGGGAGGGCCCUACCCAUCACUCAUCCUUUGUAACUCAACAGCCCAGCAACCCCCAGGUCAAGACACUCAGGUGCUGAGCAGUUGGAGCCUGCUGGGUGCUGCUCCUCAACCCCAUUCUGUAGUCCCA